UUAGUAAUGGAGUAUCUUCCUUUAUCACUCACACAAUGUCUGGAGAAAGAAGAGCUACCACUUCAAAUGAAGUAUUCUAUUCUUCUUGAUGUUGCUAAGGGUUUGUGUUAUCUUCAUGAUAAACAUCCUCCUAUUGUACAUCGUGACCUCACUGCUAAUAACGUGUUACUGACCUCUUCAUACUCAGCACAAUUAGCACAAUUAAUAUAGCACACUUAGAGCAACCCGAAGCUAGCUACACACUCCACCACUUCCAGUUCCUGGGUUGGCCUGAAAGAGGAGUCCCAGUGUCUGCCCUCUCUCUCCUUCAAAUGAUACAAAAUGUUCAAGAGCUUUACAUCACAUUAAGAACCACUGAACCAAUAACAGUAAUGUGCAGUUCUGGUGUUGGUAGGACUGGUGUGUUUAUAGCGUUGGGUAUUGUACUGGAGAGAUACUCAGUUGAAGGAAUGAUUGACCUCUUUCAAACUGUAAAGACACUCAGAAUACAAAGAUCAGCCAUGGUCCAAACCAGAGAGCAGUAUCAUUUCUGCUAUGAAGCUAUAUUAGACUACCUACUCAACACUGGACAGUUACCUCGCAUUCGCUCUGUCUCUGUUGACAGUCGCUCGUCCGUGUAUUGUACCACUGCCACUCCCGCUAGCUCACCACCGUCCCAGGGUAAUGGUGGUCUGACCACUAGUACUGUUGAAAUGGCGAGUGCAUUAAAAAUACGUCAAAUGAUGACAAUGGGUCAUUGCUAUCUCCUGUUAACAAAGCGAGUGCUCUUUAGCUAUUAUUAUCAUAACAUUAUUAUUUUAUUAUUAUUAUUUUUGUUAUUUUAUUAUUUUUUGUUAUUCUCAUAGCAAAUUUUUCCCUUUUUCAAUGUCAUUGUUUUUUCCACACUUAUCUUUUGCUUUUUCCUUUUCUUUUCAUGUUUUACUAUUCACAUGCAGUUGCAUUUAAGAUUUAUGUCAGUUCUUAAAAGAUAA